GUUUCGCCUUGUGAGAGCUGCCCCGACGCCUGCGCGCUAAUCUCCGAGCCGCCGCGACGCCGCGCCGGCGACCGAGGCAAGGCGGCGUCGUACGCCUACGUCGUAUCUCCCCAACAACGCCGUCGUAUUGCCCCGCGAGGCAGCCCAAAGCCAAGAGCGACAGCUGCAGCCCCGACACCAGCCAUGGCCAUCGAGGCCCCCCGCGGCCCGAUGUCACCACAGUCGCGGCCCGGCACUUCUGGUAGACCGUCGACGCGCUGCUCGACGGCCCGUUCAUCAUUGGGCAGCGGCCGCCGUCAAAGGGUCGAGACGGGUGCCACGAACAGGCCCCGCAACAAACACAAGAAGAAGAAGGACCCGUCCGUGCCGCUCAUGACGUCGGCCAAGGCCCAAGCUAGAGAAAAGCUCACACCGCAUAUAGGCGAGUGGAAGCAGCCGCCGGGCGCCGCGGCCGUCGACCGGUCCGCGGCCUUUCGUACAAGACGGCUCAACACGGAGCGCGACCGCCCCCUCCAGAUGGCGACCUGGGGCCCCACGACCGUGCCGCGGCCCGGCCGCACCUGGAUCAGUGAAAGCCAGCAGAUGCAGACCACUCUGAGGGAUGCCGAGGAAAUUGCAGCCAACGAGAGUGAUGAAUUCGAAGUGAUAGAAAGGGAAAAGGCGCGCAAGGCCUUCAUGAUCAACGCCCAGAACGAGCGCGUCACGAACAAGGCGCGGGAAAGGCUCGCUCAAUUAGCGCUCCAUAAAUAUGGGGGCGUGCGCCAGAUGUUCGAUUGCCUCGAUAGGAACAACGACAAGGAGCUGUCGUUGGACGAGUUCUCGCACGCUCUUAAGAGGAGGAACCUCGAGAAGCUGUUCCCGCGGCGCGUAUGCGGCGUCCUCGCUGGAAUUGGGUCGCGUCGAUGGCGUCAACGCGGUGCCACGUCGCCCCGAUGGCGUCAGAGCGUCUGUGCGUCUCGUGAGAGAGCCUCGUGAAACCCCACGCCAUCGAGCAAAACACCGCGCAGGGACCAGCAGCGCCUCGUCUACGACGCCAUCGACAAGGACUUCUCGGAAUCUGUAGAAGUGGAAGAAAUGGUCGACUGGCUCGAGAAGGACCCCCGCGCGGCUGCUGCGCGUCGAGCGAACGAGAAGUUGUUGCGGUCCCAGGAAGAUAGAAAUAUCGGGGAGAUCACGCUGCCGCCGCACCUCCGCGAGGUCAAGGACCGCAUCGCGGACGAAGUGUAUAAGAGAACAAGGGCCACAAAGACGGAGGAGGGCAACCUGCGGCAGGACGAAUACUUGAUUAAUGGGCUGCAGAACUGGGACGUCCAGAACCGAAGCAAGGGCGACGGCACGCUGUCGCCCCGGGAGAUCGUGGACGCGCUCGGGCCGAAGUACCUGAAUCUCGGCGUCCCCGACGCCGAGGUGCGGGAACUGGUCGACUAUUUGGAUCUCGGCGAGCAAUGCAAAAUCAAGCAAUUCGUAAAAAAGUUAGAAAUUGGGGACCACGCGCCGGACUUCAACCCGUUCUUCGACGCGAGGGACCGCGAGUUAGUGAGUCUGAAAAGAACCAUCGCGGCGCCCUGGCAGUGGGAGGCGACCGACGAGUUGCUCGCCAAAUCGAAGGAGCUGCAGGGGUAUAGCACGUCACCCAUAAAAAAACGAGCUCAAACCGCGUCGCCCACCUACGGGCGGAGGAGAAGGACGCUAGGACCGGAAGUGGACCGCUACGUGAGACCGCUAUGUACCAGUCGUAGCUUGGAGCGCCACCACGAGAUCAUGUCAAGAGAUCGGGCCGAACAUUCGACGGCCGUAGCCAAGGAAGCCCUCACGCCCUGCGACGACAGCGAGGGCGUCUUCGAUGAUAUGCGUCGUACAAGAACGCAGCAGAUGGCGGGCAUCUGUCCGAGAUUCGUGCCGCAAGAACCGACGGACUGGACGAGAACGGGACUAGGGGGCGACGGCAUGUCGCCCAAGUCCGGCGUUUACCUGGACCCCACGCAACGCUUCGGGACGACGACCAAUAGAUACUACACGCCCAUCAUCUACGAGCCGAACAAGCCUUGCCGGAGGGAGAACGUGUCCGAUUCGACGCGAGACUUCCGGAAGCGCCAGGCUCUCAAGGCCGCGCGGAAAGCUCGAGGGAGAUAUCAUAGAGAUAGGUACGCGGAGAACCGAUUGUUCGAGGAGCAGACCCGUAUUCACACCAGCGUCCUUACGCCAUCGCCGCGACGGCGUUUGCUCGACGGCGCGACCCCCCACGCCAUCGCCGCGACGGCGUCCCUCCCUCGCAGGCUUCAUGAACGAGGAACAAAAAGUGAAGGAAAAGGCCAAGGCCAUGCUCGACUACUUCCAGACGACGUAUGAGCGCGACCUCUUCGCCACGCGGUGCCAGCCGCCCGAGAACAUGCAGCGGAAAUCGAACAAGGUCCUCUACGACCGGAUGUGGGGCGGCUCGCGCCAGAACAUGCUUCAUUCGGUGAACAAGAAGAACCUCGGGUAUCCACCGACGACGGAAACUCUGAGAACGCAGCCUCUGCUCGAUCACCUCGCGGCGACGCGGUCGCGCGACGUCGCGGGCGACGCGGCGCGGCGCGCGGCGGCGCUGCCGGCGCACGUCACGGCUUGAUCUCUGAUCGCUCGUAAGUUCCGUCG